AUGGACACUUCCUGGGUCGGCUUGCUCCUGGCCUUGCCCGUCCUGCUACAGCUGGCGGCCGGGGGCGGCUCGCCGAGGCCGGGCGCGCUGCUGCGGGGGUGCCCCGCGCACUGUCAGUGCGAGCCGGACGGCAGGAUGCUACUCAGGGUGGACUGCUCCGACCUGGGGCUUUCGGAGCUGCCCUCCAACCUCAGUGUCUUCACCUCCUACCUAGACCUGAGUAUGAACAACAUCAGUCAGCUUCCCCCGAAUCCUCUGCACGGUCUCCGCUUCCUGGAGGAGCUACGUCUUGCCGGAAACGCUUUGACAUACAUUCCCAAGGGAGCAUUUGCUGGCCUUUACAGUCUUAAAGUUCUCAUGCUGCAGAAUAAUCAUCUAAGACAGGUACCCACAGAAGCUCUACAGAAUUUGCGAAGCCUUCAAUCACUGCGUCUGGAUGCCAACCACAUCAGCUCCGUGCCCCCCAGCUGUUUCAGUGGCCUGUAUUCUCUGAGGCACCUGUGGCUGGAUGACAACUCUCUGACAGAAAUCCCUGUCCAGGCUUUCAGAAGUUUAUCAGCGCUGCAGGCCAUGACCUUGGCCCUGAACAAAAUACACCACAUACCAGACUACGCCUUUAGAAACCUCUCCAGCUUGGUGGUUCUGCAUCUCCAUAACAAUAGAAUCCACUCCCUGGGAAAGAAAUGCUUUGAUGGGCUCCAUAGCCUGGAGACUCUAGAUUUAAAUUAUAAUAAUCUUGAUGAAUUCCCCACUGCAAUCAGGACACUGUCCAACCUUAAAGAACUAGGAUUUCAUAGCAACAAUAUCAAGUCGAUACCUGAGAAAGCCUUUGUAGGCAACCCUUCUCUUAUUACAAUACAUUUCUAUGACAACCCUAUCCAGGUUGUUGGGAGAUCUGCUUUUCAACAUUUACCUGAACUAAGAAUACUGACUUUGAAUGGUGCCUCACAAAUAACUGAAUUUCCUGAUCUAACUGGUACCGCGAGCCUGGAGAGUCUGACUUUAACUGGAGCACAGAUCUCAUCUCUUCCUCAAACUGUCUGCGAUCAGUUACCGAAUCUCCAAGUGCUAGAUCUAUCUUAUAACCUGCUAGAAGAUUUACCCAGUUUUUCAGUCUGCCGAAAGCUUCAGAAAAUAGACCUGCGACAUAAUGAAAUGUGUGAAAUUCGAGCCAACACCUUCCAGCAGUUGUUUAGCCUCCGCUCUCUGAAUUUAGCUUGGAACAAAAUUGCCAUUAUUCACCCCAAUGCAUUUUCCACUUUGCCAUCUCUAAGAAAGCUGGACCUAUCAUCCAACCGCCUGUCGUCUUUUCCUGUAACUGGGUUACAUGGUUUAACUCACUUAAAAUUAACAGGAAAUCAUGCCUUACAGAGCUUGAUAUCAUCUGAAAACUUUCCAGAACUCAAGGUUAUAGAAAUGCCUUAUGCAUAUCAGUGCUGUGCAUUUGGAGUAUGUGAAAAUGUCUAUAAAAUUUCUAAUCAAUGGAAUAAAGGCGACAACAGCAGUGCAGAUGAUCUUCAUAAGAAAGAUGCUGGAAUGUUUCAAGUUCAAGAUGAGCGUGAUCUUGAAGAUUUCCUGCUUGAUUUUGAGGAAGACCUGAAAGCCCUUCAUUCGGUGCAAUGCUCACCUUCCCCAGGCCCUUUCAAACUCUGCGAAUACCUGUUCGGUAGCUGGCUGAUCCGCAUUGGAGUGUGGACCAUAGCAGUUUUGGCCCUGACGUGUAAUGCCCUGGUGACUUCAACCGUGUUCAGAGCCCCUCUGUACAUUUCCUCUGUAAAACUGUUAAUUGGGUUAAUAGCCGUGGUGAACAUGCUCACGGGGGUCUCCAGUGCUGUGCUGGCUGGCGUGGAUGCCUUUACUUUUGGCAGCUUUGCGCAGCACGGUGCGUGGUGGGAGCAGGGGGUCGGCUGCCAGGUCGUCGGGUUUUUGUCCAUUUUUGCUUCGGAAUCCUCGGUUUUCCUGCUUACCCUGGCAGCCCUGGAGCGUGGGUUCUCUGUGAAAUGCUCUGCAAAAUCCGAAACGAAAACUCCUUUUUCCAGUCUGAAAGCAAUCGUUGCGCUCUGCGCCAUGCUGGCGGCGACCAUCGCCGCGGUUCCUCUGCUGGGCGGCAGCGAGUACAGCGCCUCCCCGCUCUGCCUGCCUCUGCCCUUUGGGGAGCCCAGCGCCACAGGCUACAUGGUGGCCCUCGUCUUGCUCAAUUCCCUUUGCUUCCUCGUGAUGACCAUUGCCUACACCAAGCUCUACUGCAAUUUGGAAAAGGGAGACCUGGAGAAUAUUUGGGACUGUUCUAUGGUGAAGCACAUUGCUCUGUUGCUCUUCACCAACUGUAUCCUUUACUGCCCGGUGGCUUUCUUGUCCUUCUCCUCUUUACUGAACCUCACAUUCGUCAGCCCUGAAGUAAUUAAGUUUAUCCUUCUGGUGAUUGUCCCCCUUCCUGCAUGUCUCAAUCCCCUUCUCUACAUCCUCUUCAAUCCUCAUUUUAAGGAGGAUCUGGGGAGCCUGGGAAAGCAAACCCACUUCUGGACAAGAUCGAAACACACAAGCCUGAUGUCUAUUAACUCUGAUGAUGUUGAGAAACAGUCCUGUGACUCAACCCAGGCCUUGGUAACCUUCACCAGUGCCAGCAGACCCUAUGACCUGCCUUCCAAUUCUGGGUCACCACCAGCUUAUCCGAUGACCGAAAGCUGUCAUCUUUCAUCUGUGGCAUUUGUCCCAUGUCUCUAA